ACAUACUACCUCCGUCUCAGAAUAUUUGUCCACUUUCAUUUUUACACACCAUCCAAUACACUUCUUUAAUCCAUUUUAUCUUGUAAUUUGUAUAUUAAAAAAUUAUAGAAAUUAUAUAUUAAUAAUCUAUAUGUUAAGACAAAUCAAACAAGAUCACACAUGACUAUAUUUAGGCUUACACAUUGAGAGAAUUUGAUGAGUCAAAGAAGAAGGGCAGCUAGGGUGUCCACAACUCUGCUUUCUCCCGAUUCCCUGCCGAAUCGAUCCCUUGCUUCCAACAAAAUCAACUGCAACUCGAAAUUAAAAAGCCCUUUUCCGGCGUCUCGAUCCUCGUUUUCUUGUUAUUCCGGCGUCGCCGCCGCCGCCAGAAUGGCAGAUGUGUGGGCAUGGCUGCUCUCCUUCUUCAUUCUCGUUUCUCUUGUUGUCUUGGUCGUUUUCCAGCUUAUGUGCCUGGCUGAUCUAGAAUUUGACUAUAUCAACCCAUAUGACUCUGCCUCAAGGAUAAAUAAAGUUAUCCUCCCGGAGUUCAUCAUACAUGGAGUUUUAUCUUUCAUCUAUCUUGUGACGGGGCACUGGUUUGCUGCACUUCUAUGUGCUCCAUAUUUAUACUACAAUGUGACAUUGUACCUCGGAAGACAACAUUUGGUAGAUGUAACUGAGAUUUUCAAUCAACUAAAUUAUGAGAAGAAACGGAGGCUUUGGAAGCUUGGAUAUCUCAUUAUCAUGCUCUUCAUAUCCUUAUUCAUGGUAAUAUACAGCGCUUUGGAAGACGAUGAGGACUUGGUAUAGUUUCAUUGUCUCGGUGCAGACCAAAUAUCGGCUGAUGUUUUUGUCGGUUUGCGCUUGAGGAUCAUGCUUCUGUACACCAAAAGUGUUCCCCAAGUGUACACGACCCUAUUUUUUGUACUUCACAUACAAGUAUUCGUAUGUGCCACACAUAUGAGUUGUGUCUGAAGUGCAAAAAAAGCGGUGUAAAUUUGGCGUGCACUUUUUUGGUGUGCAAAUAGUUUAAUCCAUAGUUGUGAUAGGAAAUUCUUGUUUUCAUGUUGUAAAAUUGCCUUUUGGAAUCCAUUUCAAACUCAACAUUUUUCACUUUGCCCUCUUGUAUUUUUCUUGCUGAUUGAAUCCCAAGGAUUGUUGGGUAA